AAAUAUCAACGUGUCAUGGAGUUUUAAGUAAAUUAUUUUAGUUUUUACUUAGUGUAAAGUGAAAAUGAUUCCAAAACAGAGAUUAUUAUUGGACCCAGAACCAGUAAAACCAAAGAAUAGUAUACUGUGUCUGGAUAUAAGCAGUUUUAGCAAAACUUUACAGUUCCUUUUAUGUUGUGCAGCUGUGUUUUUCUUCUUUCUUUUGUAUGGAUAUAUACAGGAACUUAUAUUUACUAUAGACGGUUUUCAACCUUAUGGUUGGUUUUUGACAUUAGUUCAGUUCGGGUUUUAUAGUAUAUUUGGACUCAUCGAGACACGAAUUAGAAAUGUUUCAUCUAGAAAGAUUCCCAUACGUACAUAUUUCUUACUGGCUCUUCUUACAUUAGGUACUAUGGGUUUCUCUAACGCUUCUUUGGGUUAUCUAAACUAUCCGACACAAGUAAUUUUUAAAUGCUGCAAAUUGAUCCCUGUUCUCGCAGGGGGAAUCUUGAUUCAAGGAAAACGGUAUGGACCAUUGGAUUUUAUCGCUGCUGUUUUAAUGUGUGUUGGACUAACUUUAUUCACAUUGGCUGAUUCACAAGUGCAGCCCAACUUCAAUACGAAAGGUAUUACAAUGAUAUCGCUGGCUUUAUUAUGCGACGCGAUCAUUGGAAACGUACAAGAGAAGUCGAUGAAAAAUUAUGGUGCUUCAAAUGCCGAAGUAGUAUUAUACUCUUAUGCUCUAGGAUUUUCUUACAUAUUCGUAGUAAUGUUGGCUACGGGCGAUUUUACUGACGGCCUAAAUUUUUUUGCACAGAAUCCUAAAAAGACCUACGGAUACGCAUUUAUAUUCUCAAUAACAGGUUACUUGGGAAUUCAAGUAGUAUUAACGUUAGUUCGGACGACUGGAGCGUUCGCUGCAGUGACGGUUACGACCUGUAGAAAGGCUGUUACCAUAGUUAUUUCUUUCAUAUUCUUCAGCAAACCCUUCACAUUCCAGUAUUUGUGGUCUGGUAUGAUAGUUGUGAUAGGCAUUUAUUUAAAUCUUUUGAGUAAAAAACAUCCUUUAUCCAUGACAGAAUUCGAAAUAAAAGUAGAACAAUUCCUUAGAUAUUUAAGGUCAAAGUUUAUUGCAAGCAGAUACAAAAGUGGACACUACUUGACUGACGUCUAGUAGUUUCGAUUACGUUGCAGUAUAUAUGCCCUGAAAUUUAUUAAAUUAAUUGUCUGGUAACCUUAUUUCACCACAUUGUUCCUAUUGGGAUGUGGCAGCUUUUACCAAAACUGCUUCAUCAAAAUCAGUGAGUAUAUUGGCAAUAUUGAUAAAAUUUAUUAUGUAUUUUUUCUUGUUUUAAUUUUUUUUUGUGUGAA